CGCGCAGAUGGGUUGUUAAUUUUUGAAUGAGCUAGUGCCUAAUUGGGAUGGAAAACGUUUUAGCCACCUAAGAAGUGUUUUAAAUUUCAGUUUACGUACCAGUCCAUCUUAUAAUUUUACAUGACAAAUCCACAAAUAGUUUUGUAGAGAACGCACAGUUAUGUGCGUAUGACAGAACGACGAAGGGGGACUUAUUUUAGUGGUACACAUAUCCUGUUUCCUAGCAACAAGAGCAGGAAGAAUGUGUAAUGGAAUGGAAUGAAGGAGGAAAAAAAGACAAUUGAGGAAGACUUGUCCAUUAUCAAUAACAUUUUAGCUUUGUGGUGAGGAAAAACAUUGUCCUGGAUUUAAAUGCCAUAGGUUACAUCAGAAACUACAGAAUAUAUUUGACAGGACGCACGAAUCAAAUGGAUGCCCUCAUGGUGUACCUGCAGCCUUUCUACCCCAUAAAUUAAAUUCAUAUUCAAUGGAGUGGUACUAAAUGAUCCAAUCACAUUAUUGUGUUGCCUUCCUAUUUGGACCGUACAAUAGAUAAGCUCUUGUUAUACGGAGGAGCUGGGAAUCUGAUGUAUUUUCCCCACAAUUGUCUUGCUCAAAUAUGUGCAGUACUAUCCUGUAAUGGCUAUGCAGGAGCCUGGCAGGACCAAAGGCUUCCCUUGCAAACACUGUGGCACAGUGUGUUCCAACAUGCCAAGCCUUCUGGAACACAUGGAUAGUCACUCCCAGCAAGAGGAAGAUCGCAAGUUCAAGUGCGAUGAAUGUGGGCGGGGUUACAGGCAUGCAGGUAGCCUCGCUAACCAUAAGAAAACACAUGAGUUGGGUUCUUUUCAAUGUCCAGUAUGUGCUAGGAAGCUCUCAAACCCUCUGGCCCUGAAGAGCCAUCUGCGCAUCCACACAUCUCAGAAGAAGUACUCCUGCAUGGAUUGCGGGAAGGCCUUUAGGUUAGCUACUCAGUUGGCCACCCAUCAAAAGGUCCAUCUAUCCAGGCAGUCGAAGAGGAGAGCCGGUAGGAGGGCAGCUGCAGAAUAUUCUCCAAUUGAGAAUAGAGAUGAAAUUGAGGAUAAUGAAGACCUUCAUGAGCAGUUGGUCUUUGUGGCUGACCAGCAAGACACAAGGAUGGAUAUUAUAUCUGAUAAUGGCCUUCGUCGGGAGGGGGCAGAGAUUAUCCCCAUCUCAGCAAAUUACAGUGAAAACCUAGGCUCUGAUGAGGCAGGGGAUCGACCUUUCAAAUGUGAUCAGUGUGAAAAGUCAUAUAGACACCAUGGAAGCCUGAUAAAUCAUAAAAAGUCUCACCAAGUAGGGAUGUUUGAGUGCCCUAUCUGUUUCAAACAGUUCAAUAAUCUUGCUGCCCUCCAUAGUCACCAGAGAACCCAUAAGUCCAGAAGUGGGCCAGAUACCCGUUCCACGGAAGUCACUUACACAGGCACAGCACAAGAGCAGUUUUCCCCCUCAAACAGGGAGGCUGCUGUACAUUUCUGCCACCUGUGUCAAGUGAUGUUUCCUAAUGAUGAUGAGUUCCAGGAACACAUCCAAAUGCAUAAUUCUUCCUCUAUGUCAUUUGGGCACAUUCAAAGUUCAUCUGAGGGUUAUCAUGGCACUUAUGACCAUAGUGUCACUCAUUCUCCUGACUCAAACUUUCAUUCCCCCCCUCUAAACAAUACUCCAUCGAUGGAUAAUCAGGGGGAGCAGAUCAACAAUGUUCAAAUAUACUCUGACCACUCCAGUAACGAAUCCAUCUUGAACACUCAGCAAGAGCCCUCAAUCUUGGAUUCUGAGAUUUCUGCUGAUGAUCUAGGGAAGGCAGAACAGUCCUCAGUUACAGAAAAUGUUGAGCGCCGCUUCAAGUGCCAGGUCUGUGGCAAAAGCUACCGGCACGCAGGGAGCCUCAUCAACCACAAGCGGUCUCAUCAGACGGGCAUUUAUCAGUGUUCCAUCUGCCGCAAGACUUACCCACACAUGGCUGCCCUCCGCAGCCACAUCCGCAUCCACAGGGCCCAUCCGUCCUCCUUCAACCUCAGCUCUGAAGGAGACUGGCUGUCUACCGAGCCCCUGACACUGGAAAACCAGCAGGCCUGCUUUUCCUCUCAGGAUGGUGAUGCUAGCAGUAUGAUGGCGCUCGCUCAGGAGAACAAGGGUGAACACGACAAUGGAGGAUCAUUCCACGAGCAGUAUGACUCCACCUUUCCCCAGGAAAGAACGGUGCACCUACCUCACGACGAACACCUGAUGGAGAGGCACAUGUGCGCCGACUGUGGCGAAACAUUUGCAGACAUCGCAGGGAUCAAGUCUCACAUAUGCCCCCAGCUACAACAGCAGCAGGAGGCCAUGUCAAAUGAUUGCGACAGUAACCUAACCUUCCAGGACACAAAUGGCCAAUGCUCCAUGGGAAAUCCAGGGGAUCAUAUAAAAUUCCAGGGACUGAAUGGCGGCCCUGGGCAUAGGUACUUUGGUGAACACAACUUCCAGGAAGUCAUGAAUGGGGAGCAGUUAAAUGGUGGUGAUGGCGAGGAGGAUGAUGAAGAUGAUGACGGAGAGCUCUAUCAGUGCUCAGUGUGUGGGAACCGCUACACAAGCAUGAGGGCUCUGAGGAGUCAUCUUCGUGGCCACACUCAAUCCCAUGACACUCCUACAAGCUCCGGCCCCUCCUCCAUGUCCUCCCUUGAGGCUGAAAAAGAGGAGGACCCUGGAGAGAGACAGCAGAUGGAUGGGGGUCUGAUGAUCUGCAGUACUUGCGGAGAGAGUUUUGCCAAGAAGCAGGACAUGCUUGCCCAUCAGCUCUCGCACCAUAAAGCACAGGCAGAUGACGCUAAACACGUACAUAUGGACAAUAGUAAUGAAGCUAGGCACAAAGAGGAAGUUGACAGCAUCAUCUGUGGAAAUUGUGGUACAUUUUGCACCAGUUACCAUCAUCUUGAGACACAUCAAUGUACAGCAAAUGGGCAAAGUGAAUCUAGUAAUGAGAGAACUGAAAUGGGCAACUCUGUCAACCGUAAAGAAUUAGGACCCAUGAAAGAGGAUUUAGACGAUGGUGAUCGCCAGUACAAGUGUGAUCAGUGUGGAAGAGCAUACAGACAUGCUGGCUCCCUUCUCAACCAUAAAAAGUCCCACAAAACGGGAGUAUUCCGCUGCAUGGUUUGCCAGAAGCGCUUCUACAAUCUACUGGCCCUUAAGAACCAUCAAAGGACCCACUUUGAUGUUAAGAGGCAUACUUGCAAUGAAUGUGGGAAGGCAUUCAAGAUACAGAAGCAGCUAUUGAACCACCUAAGAAUUCACAAGGAGAACAAGGCCAAAAUACAGGAGCUCAACAAUCAGAUUCAAGCCCUCAUGCAGAUGAAUGGGAGCGGGUCAGAGGGAGGAAUGCACUCGUUAAAUGCACCUGCCAAUCAAGCCGCCACCACCACCCGCAGAAAGCGUAGGCCAACCGUCAACCUAAAGAAACCCAGUGUGGGGGAAGGGGCUCUUACAGCGUCUCAGACUGAGGUCAAAUCAGAGGGGGCAGGCGACCCUCGCCCCUACUCCUGUGACCAAUGUGGGCGAACGUAUCGGCACGCAGGAAGUCUGGUCAACCACAAGAACUCUCACAAGACGGGUGAAUACUACUGUUCUGUUUGUAACAACACCUACUCCAACCAACUGGCUAUGAAGAACCACCUGCGCAUCCACUUCUCAGUUAAAAAACACAGUUGCCAACACUGUGGUAAGGCCUUUCGGGGAAAGAAGCAGUUGUCUAACCAUAUUUGUGCACACCUCCGAAAGGAUAUGCCUGGAGGGGUCAGGGGAAGUGGUCGCAGGCGCGCUAGAAACAUUAAAUGUAAGCAGUGCAGACUGAUAUUUGUAUCUGCAGACCAGCUCACAGCCCAUACCUGUGGGUCACUGGCAAACUCAUCAGAGGGCAGUGAUGGACAAACGAGCAUGUCCUUGAAAAAAGAGGAGCGACCAUUCACCUGCAACAUCUGCAAUCGCAGCUACCGCCACGCAGGCAGUCUCCUGAAUCAUAAAAACACCCAUAAGUCCGGCCACUUCAGCUGCACGUUCUGCUCUAAGCCCUUCUCUAACCCCAUGGCGUUACGCAACCACACACGAAUUCACACACAGAAGAAGAAGCAUGUCUGCCUGACCUGCGGGAAGGCGUUUCGGCUGGCCAGUAUUCUCCAUAACCACCAGAAAGUCCACACCAGGGUGGCCAGCCACUUCAGCUGCCCAGAAUGUGGCAAGAGCUUCCAGGGCAAGUCUGGGCUGAAGAGGCACCGCUGCCAGAGCAGGGGUCAGGAUGAUUCGGCUAAAGCUGGUGACAGCUAUCACAGAGAUGGUGGUGGAGACAAGUGCUUCAUGUGUGACCUGUGUGGACGCUCAUACCGCCACUCUGGCUCCCUGCUCAACCAUAAAAAGACGCACUCCGAAAACCUCCACCACUGUACCUUGUGCCUCCAGACUUUCCCCGACCCCAUCGCCCUCCAUGUCCACUCCCAGAUGAAGCGCCACUGCUGCCCAGACUGUGGCAAGACCUUCUGUCUCGUCUCCCACCUGCAGAGUCACAUGGAGGUGCACUCCAAGGAACGCACCCUGGUCUGCAGUCCCUGCCAUCAGAGCUUCCCCAACCCGGCCAGCUACCAGCAACACCAGGACCUGCACCACCGGGCCCAGGGGCAUUACCAACAACACAGCAUGCAAUUGAAGGACAACCUAGGCUGGGGCUCGGAACUGGACCAACCCGUGGGGAUCCAGGGCUUGCCCAAGCUGGUACCAGCGUUUGCCCACAUGCACGGGGGCAUGCCCGACCCUCAGGACCAGCAGGAGAGCAACGAGGCUCACUGCACAGGGGUGAAGAGCCACGUGUGCGAGCACUGCGGCCGCACCUACCGCCACGCCGGCUCCCUCCUCAACCACAAGAACAGCCACAAAACGGGCUCCUUCUUCUGCUCCGUGUGCCAGAAGGAGUUCACUAACCUGAUGGCCCUGAAGAACCACAGGCGCAUCCACACAGAGCCCAAGCGCUACCAGUGCCUGGAGUGCGGCAAGGCCUUCCGCGUGUCCACCCAGCUCAUCUGCCACCGGAGGAUGCACACCAAAGAGAAGCCUUUCUCCUGCCUGCUGUGCGACAAGAGCUUCUCCAGCAAGUCAAAUCUGCGCCACCACCAAAAGAUGCACCAGAGCGGUGCCCAGGUUUAUGAGUCCUCCUUCAGCAUGGAUGCUAACAGUUUCAUGGACUUGGACAUGGGUUCUUUUCUCUGAGUCGAGUCGGGAUUCAAAAGGUGAGGGUUUUCUUCAACCCCUCAGACCAUUGUAGAGUGGAAUACUUCUUAUAUUAGUCUCCCCUGGGCCCCUAUCAGUAAUUGUAAAGUGACGGGUGUUCCUCAAAGCCCCAGUAGAGACAGCGUUUAGUCUUGAUGCUGAGCUCUUCAAAGCUGCCUCACAAACGUUUCAUUUUUUUUGUUUUGGUCAUACACUUUUGGACUCGUGGAAGGAAUUCCGAUCUUACCUCUAGUAGGGAUUGUGACACUAAAAAGUCCCAGAUUGGAUUGAAUGUUUGCACAAAGCCAUUGAAUCGUUUAGCGCUACAGGAGUGAGGACUAUAGGACAUGAUUUAUUUCCUCUUGCUAUCUAUUACUGUGUUUUGUGCCUCCGUAGGUUAAUUUCUCUGCUGUGCUCAUCAAAAGUGUGGGCUGUAUAUUUGCCCUUGAAUCCUGUUCAGUGUUGCCAUAGGUUAGAGAGAUGUGGUCAAUUGACCUUUUGUGAUGUGGUUUCAAUAAGGACAACCCUGUCGCUUUAAAGGAGAUGACCUCUAGUCCUACCCAGAGGAUGAUAUCAAAGGUAUUUACUGAAAUCAUGAAAUCAAAUAUGGUUUUAAUAAUGAUAAUAUUUGGGUUCAUGUAUGAGGCAUUGUAUGCUAAAUGGACGUAUUUAAUAAUUUAUUCCUGUUCUUUUGAUUUAUUUUUCUGUGUAUACUUUGAUAGAUCACAGUUUUCAAUGAAUGUUAACAUGUAAAGAGAACCUUGACUCUUAAAAAAAAAAAAAAAAAAACUAUGUAGCGACUAUGGAAAUUCCUCAAUCUAUAAUUCCAUUAUUCUCAAUUGGUGCAACUCCAAUACAGGUAGGAAUGCAUAAACCCAGGAUAAUGGUCCUGCUAGCACUCAGGUUUUUCAUCUUUAAAAGGAAAAUAUCUGACGUGCAAAGCAUUGUAGAUCAUCGGUGUCUGGUUUGGGCAUGACUUGUUUCUUUUUUUACAUGCGCCAUUUCUCACCCAUGUCCUGUUAAAAUAAGAAUUGUAGCCUUUUGUCCAUAAUCCCCCCCCCCCCCCCCCCCCCCCCCUUUAAAAAUUGCAUGAAUGUUGCAAUACCAUACGCAUGCUUUUGACUUCUCAAACUUUUAAAAACACGUUUGAGUGCUAGUUCUUAGAAUAUAAGUCAAAAGUGUAGCAUUAUCGUGGCGUGAAAUCCUAGUCUCCUAUUUCUUUCAUUUUAAUGGUUAUUUUAUUUAUGUUGAAAUGGUAUUAUGGAUUUUUUUUUUUUUCUUUGAAAAGGUGGAGAUGAAUCUACGGAAUCUUGUUCUAACCACUCACCUAUCACAAGCUUUAAGUGUUAGCAAAGUCAAUAUCGUUGGUUGCUAACUUCAACCAUGUUGACCUCAACGUUUAUCAAGAAGCAGGUGUUGAUGACCACUAUUUUGCAAAAUGGUUUUGGUGUCUUUGGAAUCAGCAAUUUCUGGUCAUAACUUAACCUUUACAUAAACGUGCAAUUAUCUUUGGUUUACUAUUCCUAGCAGAAAAAGUUUAGAAAACAAUAAGGUGCCUAUCAUACACAAAACAGUUAUUUUUCACUCACACUGUAAUGUCAAAUGUUUUGGAAAACACAAGUAGGAAGCAGAGGCCCUUUUUUAGGUUUAAAACAACGGAGGGCCUUUGUUUGAGGGUGUUGUAUCAGUACACCACAAGGUGUUUUUCUUCUGCUUUCUUUAUGCCUUGUAUUUCAUAUAUUAUGAAUUGUAAAUAUUUUUGGGACCGGUAAGGUGUAUAAAAUACCUCAUCAAAGAGCCUUGCCAAUUCCUGAAACUGAUAUUUAAAGCUAUCACAGUUUAUUUAAGAGUAAUUAUAGCAUAUAGCUACAAUACACUGUAAUAAUUACAACUUUUAUAGUUCUCUAGGCCUGUAUCAUGAGCACAUUGUUAAUAAGGCGUCAGCUCCCAACACCUCAUUCUAAUUGCACGUGAGCAGUCGAGAUGCAUGCAAGUUGUUCUCCCCAUUCUACCAAUAUUGUAAGCAAUAGGUUGCCAUUUUAGAAAUGUUUAGUGCUCAUUUUGCCAAUACAUGUUAUUUUAGUAAGUUCACAUCUUGUGGUUAACAUUUUUUUUUUCUCAUUGUUGUGUAUCAGACAUGCUUGUCCACUGGGUCAAAUUAUAUUACUUGAUUCAGAAGACAAACCACAUGGCCAUCCUGACACAGAGA